AUGGCGGAAGUGCCCGAAACCAAUCCCCCACCGCCGGACCCUCCAAUCCCCUCCGCACCGGACGCCACGGAGGAAACGGCUCCGCCGGCUGCAGCAACUGCAUCGCAGUCGAGCACCGACAUCGUCGCCCCUCCGGCGUUAGCUCCGAAGCGGCAACGCCGUCCGAGUGUCCGUCUUGGAGAGAUUGGAGACCAACGCGCCGCCGUACACGGCCACGAGACUUAUUACAUUCAAAACAUAAACCAAUUCCAAGCAAUUGUAUCAGUUAAUCCAUAA